CGCUCAUCUGCCGACCUCCUAGAAAUCACUGAUUUUCACUCCAGCCUCUUUGCAACAUUUCACUUAUUGAGCUUUCUUGUUCUCUGUUGGAAAUGUUGGAAAAGAUCUUUGUCCUGCUUUGUCUGUCGUCUGCUUCGGCACAGCAGCUGUGUAUGCCAGAGGCCUCAGAUGGCUACAAAGUCCGACUCAGCAUCAAUACCGCUCUGGGAGAUCAAGCUUAUGUUUGGAAUGAAAACGAAAUGUUCCUCUUCCGAGCAACUCUGGCGUUUGCCAUGAGGAGUUACUCCGACGGCCAAGACUACAACGUGUCGAACAUCGUUGUGUGCAGUGAGACUCCCAGAGUGUCCUUCUGGUUCGUGGUGACGUCGCCGCUCAACUCUUCACGCCUCGUCGAUAGAAGCGAUGUGGAGGAGGCUGUGAGAAAGUCCAGGAACCGCAUCAACAGUGCCUUUCUGCUAACUGAUAGAACUCUGGAGUUCAUCGGCAUCCCCCCGAUCCUGGCAGCACCGGUCAACCCCGACACCCCUCAGUGGCUCAUCGUGUUCGGGGUGGUCAUGGGCGCCGUGGGCGCUGGCAUCGUCGUUCUACUCGUUACCUCUGUGGUCCAAAAGAAACGCAAAAAGAACAAGAAAAGUGAUGAUGAGGACGUUGAGGAAGAGACGCGGGUGAAGACGGUGGAAAAUGGCGCCGCGAGAGACGGAGUUCACAACAUGUCAUUCUCAGACGAUAACCCAGUCACACAGAUGUAGAACUGUAAAAAAUGUAGAACUGUAAAAAACAAUUUUAUUAGGCUGCUCCAGUUCUGUUGCACUUUUCAAAAUCAUUUUAAGGUUGUAAUUUAUCAUACAUUUGUCAUUUAGAUGAUUUAGUAUGAAUAUGAUUUAAGUCUCAUUACCUGCUGCCUUAAAAAGAAAACAAGCACUUUUAAUUUUGUUUAAUGUCUUUCAUUUUCCAAAUCUAAGCUGAGGGAUGAUGAAGAUCUCUGCAUCAGUGAACAUUAAUUGUACUCUACAUUAAAGCAAAUGUUUGUUUAUCAUUCAGCAAACAGAAUGAGAUAGAAACCAGGAGGAAACUGGGGCUCAUUUGCAGCUCAUUACAAACAAAUAUAAAAUGAAUUAAUCUCGAUAUUUGAAAGCAUUUUCAUGACAGAAUAUAUCUGUAUCUGUAUCUUUCUAAUCAGCAACCAUUGCUGGUUCUGUACUAUAUGUUAACCUGCACUUGACCGAUGUUGAUGUGAUCAAAUCAAAGCGAGGGCCCGGCGGUGAUGCUGGAUGUCUGCUAUUGUCUUGUUUGCUGCCGUUCUCCAGAAGGACAGAAGGAAACCGCCUAAAGUCACGAGCAGCUGCAGUGUUGUAGCAUCGUCCCCAAAUGAAAGGAAAUGAUCUUUAUGGCUGGAUAUAUCCGUAUGACUUGUAUAUUGAGCAGAGAUUUGUGUAAUCAGUGGUUGAUUCUUUUCAAUGAUCAAGAUGCAGGUUGGAUUUUGUGUUUUUUCUCAUUUGUAUAUAAAGUGUUUGUGGAGGCCUGAAGAGGUUUUAACAUUUCCUGUCUGACAAUUAGGUAACAAAGUUUUGUGCAGCAGUAAUUUCCUGACAUGUUAUUAGCUCUUCAGAAGAGAUCAUUACGGACUGUACAGGAAUGAUUGGGGCAACAAACCUCCCCCCAUAAUAUACAAAAAAUGAAUAUGAUGCUAUUAAACUGGUGCAACUCAUUUUGACAUUAAUAAAUAAGAAUGCACAAAGAA